AUGAAGCUCUGCAGCACAGGCUUGAUGUUUAUCUCGAUCUUGUUCACAGCGAGCCAUGCUGCACCUGUGGAUCGGUAUGUACACUACCCCUUCCAACCCCCUGCCUUUGUGCAUGCGGGUAAUUUUGCCGACCUGGUGAAUAGGGCUGCCCGCUCUGUGGAUGUGACGUCUAAAUACGAUCGUGCUGUGGAUGUCUCAUCGAAUUAUGACCGUGCUGUGGAUGUCACAUCGAACUAUGACCGAGCUGUGGAUAUGACUGCCAACUAUGAUCGUGCCGUGGAUAUGACUGCGAACUACGACCGGGCUUUGAUAAGUUCUAAGUAUGACUAA